GAUAAAACCCCUAGAAACCCAACCCGUCCCCUUUUCUUUCUGAUUUUCCCGCCAAAAACAAUAAGGUGAAACCGGAGUGAGGAGGAAGAAGAACCCUAGCACAGCAGAUCGAUGGCAACGGCGGACGAAGUUCACAUCUCCGAUAACGAUCUCAAGCCAUUUUUUGUGCUCCACAAAGCAUCUAACAGUCAACAGCAUGCUAGAAAACCUGUUGGAAGAACUAGUAGAAAAGUGAAAGUUAAUUUGUCAUCUUCGUUGGCUGCUAGUGAUGAAUCUCAACUUUUGGAUGAUCAGUUGCACAAGAACUCAAGAAUGAAAAAUUUUCACGAUGCUUGGGUGAAAAUCGAAUCCACCAUUAAGGAUGUUUUGCACAACAUCAAUGCUGAUGUAUUCAAUGAGAUAAAUGGAUGGGUACAGAAAUCUUUUGGUGCAAUUUGUUCAAGUGGCAAGCUUGAUACCAACAAAGCCACUUGUUCAUACCCUAUUGUAACCGAUGUUACAUCUAAUCAAAUUUUCACCGCCUUUGUUGUCAUGAGCAACAUAGAAUUCGUUGAUGAUCUUCAAACAUUUGCGGACCUAGGUGUACAUUUACAAUCUCAUGGUUGCCACAUGGCAAACCUGUCAUCAGUAGAUUUUUCAGCCAAAAGUGGAAUAGGUGGUUGUUUGAGAAGUUUAUUAAGGCAGAUCUUGAAUGGUAGCACUGAUGCAGCUGACAUAUCCAUCUUAGCAUCUUGGUAUAUGGAGCAUGAUAACUAUAAGAACCCAGUGGUUGUUAUUAUUGAAGAUAUGGAUCGGUGUAGUGCCUCUGUACUUUCUGAUUUCAUACUCAUGCUGAGUGAAUGGGUGAUUAAGAUUCCGGUAAUCUUGAUAUUGGGAGUUGCAACCACACUUGAAGCCCCAAAAAAUAUACUUUCUUCAAAAGCAGUUCAACACUUGUCGCCUUCCAAAUUCUUUUUGGGACAUCCAACUGAUAGAUUAGACGCAAUUAUUGAAGCAGUUCUUGUGAAACCGUGUUCUGGGUUUUUAGUCGGUCACAAGGUUGCAGCAUUUAUAAGAAAUUGCUUUUUGAGACAAGAUGGAACCUUGACUUCUUUCGUUCGAGCUGUAAAGAUGGCAAUUGUCCAGCAUUUUCUUAUGGAGCCUUUAAGCUUCACCGUGAAAGGCUUACUUGAUGAAGAGGUUGCAGAGGCAGAUGCAUGGCCUAGACAAGCUCUUGAUCUUCCAUCUUGUAUGAGGAGACUUUCUGAACCAAAAAGUGAAGCUUUGUUAAGUGGAGCAUCACAAAUGAAGGAAGUGCUGAAUUUGUGGAGCUCUGUCGUUUUGUGUUUGCAUGAAGUGGGAAAGAAUCAGAGAACCACCCUCUUAGACUUGUAUGAUGAGGCAUUGGACCCAAAGCUUUACAACUUGAGGAAUUCUGAUCAUUUGGAAGUGAAACCAGAUCCUCAAAGGCCUUCAUGGAACUAUGAUAUGCAUGGGCAGUCGUUUGAAAGGCAAAAGGGUGGGUUAAUUAGUCGCACGAUUCGUCAGAUAAGGGACCUGCCACCAGCUGCUUUGCAUCAGUUGCUUGAAAAAUGGGAUAAACAAACUGAGGGUGUUGAUAUGAUCCAUGAGAAAGUAAAGGAGCUUCGGUUGCAAGAGGAUGAUAAUUUGAAAGAACCGCCGACUAGAUCUAGGAAACAAACAAUCCGAAAUAAUGGAAAUUCAGAUAAAUUAAGCGAGAAAGCUGCUGCACUGAUUACUUGCAUGACAAGGGAGCAUAUGCAGCCCAUUGAGUGCAUUCCUUUCCAUGAAAUUGUCUGCUUCAGAAAUGCCGACAAACUACAAGCUGCAUUAGUAGGAGAUCCUAGAAAAAGGAUCCAACUUGAUCUGUUGGAGUGCAACAAGUUCCUUAAGUGUAGUUGCUGCUGCACCAAAAGUCACAAUGUUCCAAUAUCAUCAAUGCAUGAUACAUCAUUAAUGUAUACCCUAGCUCAGGAGCAUGGUAAUCUUAUCAAUCUACAUGACUGGUAUCAAUCUUUCAAGGCAGUCAUUUCUCAAACAACCGUUAAAGACAAACACAAGUCAAAGGUUUCACCAUCGCCCAAAAAAAGAAAGAUAACCGCCCAACCUCAAAUUAUAACAGAAGCGUCUGCUCAAGCGAGAUUUUGUAGGGCGGUAACAGAGCUUCAAAUCACAGGACUACUUCGGAUGCCUAGCAAGAGACGCCAAGAUUACGUGCAGAGGGUGGCCUUUGGACUGUAACCAUAAUCAUCUUGUGGGAUGUAUAUGUUUUAGCUAUAAAAGCUAUAGUAUAUGGACUGAUUGUUUUCUAGUUUACAAUUUACAUUUGUUCAUGAGAAUGCAAUAUAUUAUUUCACCGUACACUUUUCGGUUGGUGGGGCAUUUUAUAUGAGCUCACCUGGUUCUACUCGUAAUUAGUUGUAUUCUGACGCUAGGGGUGUAAACAAGGCGAGACAUUUA